CUUCCAAUUCCAACAGCCAAUCUUCACAUAGUAGAAAGAAAGAAAAGCCAAUAAGAGGGAGGGAGAGGACAAAACAAAACUAGUCUAUAGGAUUUGAGUUGGAUUCUCUUGGUUUUCUCCACCACCUAUCCACUCUUUCAAUUUUUAUCCAACUCCAAAACUAAACUAGAGAGAUUUACACAUUGCCACAUACACUUUUUAUAUAAAUAAAUAAUAAAUAAUAGGAUAUGGCCAUGUGAGAGAGCCUGAUAGAAUACAAGUUAGUAGUUAAUUACUAGUAUAUAGUUUAACUCUUUUUACUCUUUCAUUUUUUUCAUCAUAAAUUGGAGUGCUCCUACUACUACUACUACUACAUAGUGAAAAGAGGAUAAUGGAUGCAUUGGGUUCUUCAGAAUGCAGUAGUGGAUGUGAGUCUGGUUGGACACUAUACCUGGAUGACCAUUCUUUCAAUCCCUCACAAUCACAUACUACUGCAAAUUCACUUGCUUGGGAUGAUGAAUUUUGUUGUUAUGAGAAAAAUAAAGAAGACAAAAAGACCCAAAGUGAUGAAGAGGACUUGUCCAUGGUUUCUGAUGCUUCUUCUGGUCCUCCUUCACAUUUCAAUGCACCACAACACUACUCUGUAUCACAGACACCAAAACUCACCAACAGAAGUAAAAAGAGACAGAAAGUUCAAGAAAAUAAUAAUAUUCUUGAUGACACUGCUAGCUCUCCUCUCUUUGACUUCUCCAUGAACAAUGUUACUACUAUGAUUAAUAACCAACAAACAGAAAAGAGUAUGCUAGAUUGUACUUCACAGGGUUUCUCUGCUACUUAUUUUGAGGUGAGAUCCUCGACAUUGCAAGAUCACUUUGCUUUUUUACAAAACGAGGCUCAUAAUAACAACAAGUAACCAAUGCUUCUUCUGUACAUUGGAAGAUAGAAAGCUUGAGUAGUUAAAUUAUGAUAUGAUAUCAAGGAUGGCAAAGAAGAAAUUCUUUGAUCUCAAAAGGGAUUAUGUUCCCUUCUUUUUGCUGUGUAAUUCUCUUCUCUUUUGGCUGUCAAUGCAAAUCUGAAAGAAAUUUUUUUGAAAUAAACUUUUUCUUUCAUAUUUAAUUAAUUUUCUUGUUCAUGAA